ACGCGACAUGUUGACCAGCGUCAAGAGCCUCAAAGUCACCUACAAGCCCGUCAACGAGAGGAACACCUUCACCAAUGGCGACUGCGUGUCGGGGGAGGUGACGCUGGAGUUGACCAAGGAGUGCGCGAUGGAAUCUCUGAUGGUUAAAUUCAAGGGGAAAGCGGAAGUGCUGUGGACCGAGAGGCACGGACAGACCACCCAUGUGUACCACUCCAAGGACAAGUACUUCAGCAUCAAACAUUACUUCUUCAGAGACCUCAAAGAUGAUAACCAAACCCUGCUGUCAAACCAGGGAGAAACAUACAGCAAUGUUGCUGCCCCAGGAUGUCAUGUUUAUCCAUUCUCCUUUCAGAUCCCUUUCCUGAAUACACCCUCCUCCUUCAAGGGCUCUGUUGGUAAGAUCGUGUACUCAUUGGAAGCCAAGCUGAGCAGAUCAAUGAGGAUUCCCACCAAAGACUCAACUACCAUCAACUUUGUCACCAAGGAAGACUUCACCAGUCACCCUGAGCUAAUGGCACCCCAGCAUGAGUCUAAGGAUAAAAAAAUGAAAAUCUUCAACUCGGGAAUGGUAGCCAUGGAUUUGGAUCUGGAAAAAACAGGAUUCUUCCAAGGAGAGGGAUUAAAAGUUCUGGUCUGCAUUCAAAACAACUCCACUCGCAAUAUCAAGCCCAAGUACUGUGUGUACAGAAAGCACAGUUUCUUUGCCCAAGGGAAAAGAAAAUGCUGCACCAAAGACCUCAUCAAAGAGGUGGGAGAGCCCAUCCCUCCAUCCGCCACGGAAAAGUUGACAAAGAUCAUCCCCAUCCCUCUUGAUUUGGAACCCUCCAUCCUCAACUGCAGCAUCAUCAAAGCAGAAUACAGACUCCGGGUCUACCUCGAUGUCAAAUAUGCCUCCGACCCAGAGAUCAAAUUUGGUAUAGUUGUCCUGCCGGCCCAGCAGGUUCCUGGUCUGCUGGGACCACAUCCAGCUGCUCCGUCUGACUUUGGUUUGGAACCAUUCGGGGGCACAAACCCAGCACCCUGGGGCUUUGUACCACCACAACCACUUGCAUAUCCUGGACCUUUGGAUCCCCCACCUCCCUAUGAAGCAUAUGGAAUGUACCCUCCUCUACCAGAGAGUCACAGAAAUAAAGAGCAGUAAUGGCACCAUGAAGAUACUUUGACUUUGAAAUGAAAUAAAGAGAUCAUAUAUAUAUGUAAA